CUCCCCGUCACGUGACGCACACCAUGUCAACAUCCCUGCUCUGCGCUGUCAUAGCAACAACUCACCGCUAAAACUUCGUUUCCCUUCAUGUUCACACUUUCACGCGUGUCCCUUUCAUCCGUGGGAGGAAGACUUUGAUGUUCGCCAUCUUGUUUCCGGCUGUCACCGCGGAGGAUGUCUGUGUCUCACCCUGCUCAGUCCUCACUGGUUCACAGCCUGGCCACACUCCUGAGAAAUGAUGGUGACUUGGUGCUGGACGGCAGCAGCACGCUGACCCUGCGGGCCGAGAGCCUGCAGCACCUCACCAGGUUGUUCGAACAGUACUUGUUGUCCAGGAGCCAGCAGCAUGGCUUCCUGGCGCUGCCCUCCCACCCUGCGGACACCGAGUCUCUGCUGCAGCUGCAGUUUCUGUUCGAUGUCCUCCAGAAGACCGUCUCCCUCAAGCUCAUCAACCCUCCAGAUGUCAGACUUCAGUCUGUGUUGAAAAUCUUCCCGUUCAAGUCACUGAAGUGUUUGGAGCUGAAACGAAUCCCUCCACACUGUCUCGAGGGACUCAGAGGAGUUUACUCCCAGCUGGAGGUCUUCACCUGCUCAAAGAGUCUCAGCUCCCUGGAGGAGCUGCUGUCUCUGUGUGGAGGAGAUCUGAGCUCUGCACUGCCGUGGCUGGAGCUGCACACCCUCAACUUCAGCUACAACUCCAUUGUCUGCCUUGACCAGUCAAUAAGUUUACUGAACGUCCUGAAAUCUCUGGACCUAAGCCAUAACAAGAUUCAGGAGUGUGCCGAAUUUCUAAAUCCCUUGAGUGAACUGGAGCGCUUGAACCUGGGCUACAACUGCCUGCAGAUGGCGCCAACGCUUGGCCUGAGUGCCAGGGCCAAACUGCUCACACUCAUCCUCAGGAACAAUGAACUGGAGACUAUAAAUGGCGUGGAGCAGUUGUCUUCACUCCAGCACUUAGACUUGGCCUACAACCUCCUGUUGGAGCAUUCCCAGCUUGCUCCUCUAUCCCUGCUUCACUGCCUCCACACAUUGAAUCUGGAAGGAAACCCGCUGUUCUUCCAGAAGACCCACCGCACCUGCACCGUCCGACAUCUCUCUCCGAAGGCUGCCAAUCAGAGACUCAAACUCGAUGGCGUUCCACUCUCUUCAUAUGAGUUAUCGGUUCUGCCCAAACCGGGUCAUCUCAUUGUCCAGGUCCAGACGACGCCUCCAGUGUCCUUGCCACCAGAACGCGGUAACCAGGACGGAUCCAGUGGCGCCGGGGAGCUGAGUGACAGCGUGUCGGUUGAUGCGGGGGUGUCACACAUUCGCAGAAAGAAAUCCAAGAGUAAGGUCAAAGUGCGGAGGGCCAGCAUAUCCGAGCCCAGCGAUACAGAUUACAAUCCCAGACAGUUUUCCUCCUCACAAAGUAUCGUUCUUCCUCACCAGCAGGAGAUUGAGCGGAUGUCCAGCUUCAGAGAUCAGCUGGGGGAGGAUUGGCUGAGGUACCAGCACCAUCUGGAUGAAGCUUCCUCCUCUGCCAUUAUCAGCACUGUCACCGCAAACCAGCCACCGUCUCACCGCCAAACUCUCACCAACGGCUUCAGCACCUCCACGCCGUGUCCGUCCGCUAGCAACGGGAAGCAGCAGUCGUCUCCACCAUCUCUGGAGGCACCCGAGGUCCUGCCGCCUCCGCUUUUCUCAUCCGAGCUCAGGACGGAGACGCCUGACGCAGAUGGAGACGAGGAAACUGAGUCCACGCUGCAGUGGCCCGCUCAGAGCACUCGAAACACGGAGUCAAGUCUGGAGGAUAGCACGGUGGACGGCCAGGGGGCCAACCAGGGAGAUAUGAACUCUCCUCAGCCGAGUCCAGAGUCUCAGCGGUCGGAGAGAGCAGAAAGCAGAGGAGCCGAGGAGGAGGAGGAUUUAGGAGUGGACCUGUGUCACCCUCUUCUCGUGGGUGUGUUAUCGGACGAGGAAGACAACAGUGGCGAGAGGAUGGCGGGGAGGAGGAAGAAGGAGGUGUUUCUGUGUGUCAAGCAAGGCCUGGUGCUGGAGGUGGACGUGCAGCGUGGUCAGGAGAGAUGCCGCCUGGAGCUGGACAGCCUGGCUCGGGUGGAGACCACUGAGGCGGUGUGGACCCGUUUGGUAAGA